ACAUCUUUAAUAAAUUAAUUUUGCAUCGAUUUAUUUACAAUCAAUUUUAAUUCGAGAAUAUAUAGUAACCUUGAUCUGAUUAGUACAUUGAUUUUGACAUCUUUAAUCAAUAGAAUGACAUUGGUAUUAUCAUACUAAUGAUCCCAUUGCGCAAGUCAUAUUAUGUAACAUAUGGUAUAAAAGCUGUUGCAUGUUCAGCAGUCUCGAUCAAAGAACUUGGCAUUAAACUUUGCAUAUCAAAGUGCACUAAAUAAUUAUUAAAAUGUCGUACAAAUUCACUCUUCUGAUAUUGAUGACUAUCAUCGCAUCGGCUCUGCUGAUUCAAAAAACAUUGGCGUGUGAAAAAGAUGAACGAAAAUUUGACGGAUGCAAUACUUGUAUUUGCAUCGAGGGUUCAUGGGCGUGCACAAAAAAGUGGUGUGGUCCUUAAGAUAAAAUUAUUAUAUAAUAUAUAAAAUUAUUAUAUAAAGGAAUUUUCGGUUUUAUGCAGCAAUAUAAUUGUCACAUUGAAAUUCUCUGCAUUUUGACUGAAUUAUAGCAUACUAUGUACAUAAAUACAGGUAAUAUAAAAUAAAAGAAAUAUAUACGAUCGUA